CAAUGUAUCAAAUUUGACAAGAGAGACUGGUUGGUGCGUCUCUCAUGUGGCUGUGCUUUUGCCUGAGCCCUGAUGACGCUGUAAACAAAAUAUUUAAUAUAUUUACACAAAAGACACUGUAAAAUUAAAGUUUCUCUCAAAUGCUCUUGCGAUUAUCUCUCAAGGCAUGGAAAUGUGUUCAACCGGGGUAUUUGUUCUCUGUUCUCCGGCUAGAUUUCAUCGUCGCCGGGAAAAAUUCGCGAUUUUUUCUCCGUCACACUUGCGUAAUCCAAAUGAGUCUUCCUUUCGGUGGAGAAAUUCGCGAGCUUUCGCUCCCAAACUCUCCCAAUCCCUCAAUUUCGCUUCGCCCUUUUCACAUCUCCCUCUUAAACGCUCUUCCGAGGAUUUUGUCCAGAUUCUGGCGAGAAAGGCCGCGUUUUUACUUGUUGGGUCGUUUGUCUUUCUAGGGAUCUCUUCUUCGAAACCUGUUUUAGCGCUACCCACUGUAGCUGCGAGCUCUCAGUCGGAGUUAGAGGACGAAGCAAUGUUGGAGAAGCUUCUGGAAAGUGAGCCAGAGAACAUGGAGGCGAUGAAGGCUGUUUUGUACAAGAAGAUGAGGAGAGGGAAAGCUGAAGAUGCUGUGAGGUAUGUUGAGAAGCUAAUGAAGUUAGAGCCUCGUGAAGUUGAGUGGAAGCUAUUAGAAGCGCUUUGUUAUGAGACGAUGGGACAAUUGAGCAAGGCGAAGAGACUGUUUAAGGCUAUUCUCAAAGAAAACCCUCUCUUGAGCAGAGCUUUGCACGGUCUUGCUAUGGUAAUGCACAAGACUCAUGACUCCUCUGUCUUUGAUAUGCUCACUGAAGCCAUGGAAGUAGCUCGACAAGGAAACCGAGUAACCGAGGAGAGAAACAUACAAGUCUUGAUCGGCCAAAUGCAUAUUGUCAAGGGUCAAUUUGAAGAAGGUCUAAAGAUAUUUCAACAGAUGGUAAAUGAUAACCCUCGAGAUUUUCGACCUUACCUUUGCCAGGGCAUAGUGUAUAGCUUAAUGGACAAAAAAGAGGAAGCAGCUCAACAGUUUGAGAUCUAUUGGAGUCUUGUACCUGAAGAAUUCCCACAAAAGGGAUUUCUUGACGAUGUUGCGUCGGCUGCUCAAGCCAAGUCCCGAGAACGACUCCAAAACACAUUCAAAGCUAAAUUUACUCAUGGGAGAUCAUAGUCAUAGAUCACGGAUAGACUAGUUUUUUGAUGUAACUUUUAUCUUCUCAAUGCUUCAUCACCAGUUAAAAUUUUCUUCAAAUGGCAUUUGCAAAUUUGUUGUUCUCUCUCUGCAAUCCCGUUCGUAACUUUCUGUUUAGGUAUAAAAUAAAAAUGUUUUGGUGAUGCUGUUUCAGUAUAUAGGUGUUUGUUCUGCCUCUAUCUCUCUUGUGCACGAUUGCAAACUCAACGGACACAAGACACUGAUAGCGGGCUUUGACAGUCUAAUGGGCCAUUGUGUUUUUAUUGGGCCUAGUGGAUUUUUGGGCCCAUUUGAAUUCGGACAUAAUUGUAGAUAGAAAUGCUUCCAAUCUCUUACGGAGAAACUUGGGAAGUGCCGAAGAACGUGAACUCUCUCUACCUUCUUCUCUUGCUCGGUUGCUCGGUAAUCUCUGGUCAGAGACGCUUCUGAUGGCUCCUCUUACGCUCUCUGUUGAUGUGAAGAGCUCUUCAGCGAGUGCUCCUCCUGACGUUUCGAAUAGGAUAAUGCAGAUUCCACAGCUCAAGAGGAGCAAAGGCUUCGCUUCCGUCAAUACGCAAGACGAAAAACCCUUUGAUUUCUUCCGCACACUGUUUGAGGGGUUUAUAGCAGGAGGUACAGCUGGAGUUGUAGUUGAAACAGCUUUAUACCCGAUUGAUACAAUAAAGACUAGACUUCAGGCAGCUCGUGGAGGUGGGAAAAUUGUUUUCAAGGGUCUUUAUUCAGGAUUAGCUGGAAAUAUCGCUGGUGUCUUACCGGCUUCGGCUUUAUUUGUUGGAGUUUAUGAACCCACAAAGCAGAAACUGCUCAAGACAUUUCCUGAUCAUUUAAGCGCAGUUGCUCACCUGACUGCAGGGGCCAUCGGUGGACUUGCUGCCUCUCUGAUUCGAGUGCCUACGGAGGUUGUGAAGCAGAGAAUGCAGACUGGACAAUUUACAUCAGCCCCCAACGCUGUUCGAAUGAUUGCGUCAAAAGAGGGAUUUAGGGGUCUCUAUGCAGGAUAUCGAUCCUUUCUAUUACGAGAUUUGCCGUUUGAUGCUAUUCAGUUCUGCAUAUAUGAGCAGCUAUGUCUGGGGUAUAAAAAAGCAGCGCGUAGAGAGCUUAGUGAUCCUGAGAACGCUCUAAUUGGUGCAUUUGCUGGUGCUCUUACCGGAGCAGUCACCACUCCGCUUGAUGUUAUUAAGACAAGAUUGAUGGUUCAGGGAUCAUCCAAACAAUAUCAAGGAAUCGUUAACUGUGUUCAAACAAUUGUAAAAGAGGAAGGAGCUUCUGCUCUCUUAAAGGGUAUUGGGCCAAGAGUGUUGUGGAUAGGUAUUGGAGGUUCAAUAUUCUUUGGAGUUCUCGAGAGCACAAAGAGAACGCUUGCUCAGAGACGCCCCACGACGGUUAAAGCAUCGAAAGAGGAAUAAGUGGCGGCAAGAAAUUCAUCUGAAUGGUGGUAACGUUUGUUUGACAAUCAACUGUGAGCUCUUCUAUGUGAUCAGAGUUUGUGUCGUACCACAAUGAUCGUCGAUUCAAUUUUCAUUUAAAGAAGUAGCCUAGUUUCAGAUAUAUUAAAAUAAUAUAUGAGACAUUUAAAAUGAGCUGCUUCUUUGUUUUUUUUAAAUGACCUAUCAAAUUUUCGUAAAAUUGUUUACAUUAGUUGAAAAACAAAUUAUUCAGUUUGAAAAAUGAGACUUUUUGGGUUUAACGAUGUAGGCCUC